AUGUUGCUGGGGAAGAGACAGAGACCGCCGAUAAAGAGAACCAUGAGUCUGUCUGAGAUCAAGUUCGAUUUGAACUCACCUACCCAACCAGACCCGUCCGAUCACCAUGAUCAGAGUCAGAUCCCAUCUUCUUCCCGGAAACAGCUAUUGACCGUCGAUGAACACCGUCAGGUCCAUCAUGGCAGAGGAGAUAGGGCGUUUUGUAGCUUAGAGUGCAGGCAACAGGAGAUUAGAGUGGACGAGAGGAAAAAGAAGAUUCCGGUGGGAUCCACCGUCGUUGUCUCCGGUGCCGUUAAAGGAGAGAGGGUUUCUGCCGCCGUGUAG